AUGUCGGGAAACCCGGCUCAGCCAGGUGCCAACACCACCCCAGGCGCCCCUGGUGCCGCCGGUGCAGCAGCAGGCGCGUCGGGAUCCUUUUCACAACAGCCUCAGCAGCCACCAGCCGCGACGACGGUGCCGGCGACAGUAACGCCUAUUCCUGCUCCUGUUGUUCCGGUUAGUCAGACGCCGAUCCCGCCUCCCGUGACGGCUACGCCUGCGCCUGCGCCGGCGCCGGCUACUGCGCCGAUGUCGAACCAGAACCUGAAUCAGAUUGUCACAGACUAUCUCCUCAAGCGGGGAUACACCCGUACCGAAACGAUAUUCCGCCAAGAGUCUUCGCACUUGGGUCCUGACGGUAGACCCAUUCACAAUAAGGUUGAUGAUUUGGGACCGAAGAAGUACCUGAAGGCGUUCAACUUACUCCGCGAGUGGGUCGAGAAUAACCUCGACAUCUACAAGUUCGAGUUGAAUAAGCUUCUUUGGCCUGUCUUCGUCUACUCGUGGCUUGAGCUCGUCACUCAGAACUACUCCGAGGAAGCCAAGAUCAUUCUCAAUACCCUCAAGUCGUACUUUGAGAAUGUCCAUUCCGAUGACCUGAAGACCUUCUCUACCAUUACGCUGGCUUUGCACGCCAAGGAGAAUCCUACUACAAAGCUCUACAGAGAGAACAAGUACCGCGUUCCGCUCAACCAACACAUCAGCGGCAACCUUUUCCACUUCCUCGAGCGCGAGCGUGAUAAUGGCGGCGCUGUUAUCCUGUAUAUCCUCUCGACCUUCUGCCAGCUGGACUCGACGGCACGUGGCCCUAUCGAGCCGUUCAGCUUCGAGGCGAUCUAUCGCCGAUCCCAAAACCUCGACAUCGACGAGGUGGAUCUGCAAGAGGGAAUUCCUGGUGUCUUCACCGGAAUCUCCAACAGGGACCUGUUGGACAAGACGGUGCCCCUCAAGUUGGGUGCUCUGCCCAUGGAGGAGGACCUCCGCGACGAUGUCAGGGCCGAGCUCCAGGAUGAGGAUGCACUCAACCCCCCGCCCGAUGGUCGCGCUACCUUGGUCGACGAGUUUGACCGCAAGAUCAAGCGAGAAGAAAGCGCCGAUGGUCCCACGAGAGCCGACCUCCCUCUGCCCCCAUCCCGCGCCAGAGACGUUGUCAUGGAGAUGCAGAAGGUUAGGGAGAACCGCGAUCGCUUCAAGAUUGACGGACGUACCGGUGGUGUCGGCGUUCCUGUUAGCGCGUGCAUGUUCACUUUCCACAACACUUUAGGAAGUGUGUCAUGCAUGGACUUCUCCAAGGAUCACGAAAUGGUUGCUAUUGGCACUACGGACUCCUACAUCCGCGUCUGGCACCUUGAGGGCAAGCCUCUCAAGUCGAAGCGCAACGACGAGAAGGACUACAAGUUCAACAACCGCAAGCUGAUUGGUCACUCGGCCCAGGUGUACUCGGUCUCCUUCUCUGACUCCAUCGCCAAGCUUGAGCACGCGCCAUUCGGCGAGGAAGGCAAGGGUGAGUCUCCCAUCGAAACGAGCUCCAAGCUGCUGCUGUCCUGUUCUGCGGACGGCACCGUUCGAGUCUGGUCGUUGGAUGUUUGGGCUUGCGUCUGCGUCUACAAGGGCCACGAUGGCCCGGUGUUGAGAGCCGAGUGGGGUCCUUUCGGCCACUACUUCUUGACUGGCGGCUGGGACAAGACUGUUCGUGUCUGGAUGCAGGAUCACGCAUCCGCGCAGCGCAUCCUUGUCGGCCACGACUCCAGCAUCUCGGCCGUCGCAUGGCACCCGAACGGAACGUACGUGUUCUCGGCUUCCGACGAGACGGACAAGUCUGUCCGCAUGUGGUCUGUUAUCACCGGCCAGUGCGUUCGUGUCUUCACCGGUCAUACAGACUACAUCUCCACCAUUGAGGUCGCGCCCAACGGCAGAAUCUUGGCCACGGCUGAUUGCAGUGGUAACAUCUUCUUCUGGGACAUUCAGAAAGGUCUUCGCAUCAAGCGCUCGCGCGGCCACGGCAAGGGCGGUAUUUGGUCCAUGAGCUUCAGCGUUGAGUCCAACGUUCUCGUCUCUGGUGGACAAGACGGCACUGUUCGCGUCUGGGAUGUGGAGCUCCCUGCCGAGGGUCACAAGGCCGCUCAGCAGCAGCAAGGAGCGGCGCCUGCUCAAGAGGGAGGCGACACCAUUGUUGCUGCCAGUGGACAGACGGAGCGCCCGAACGCAAGCGGCCAGGGGGCGACUGGCAGUGGUUCCAAUGCUCCUAGCGGCGGAAAGAAAAAGGGCAAGGAGGUGAUGAUUACGCCUGACCAGAUCAGUGCUUUCCCGACCAAGAAGACGCCCGUUAUGAAGGUCCAGUUCACGCGUAUGAACCUGAUUGUAUCCGGUGGCUGCUACGAUCCUGACCGCUAA